AUGGAAGAUACCGGAAAAGAAGAGAUCAAUUCUAGCUCUGAGGAUAUAUCUGCAUCGGAACAUUCUUCUAAAGACUACAAUGCGCUUGAACCGGCACAACAGCUGGCUCGGGCAGAAAAGGCGAGAGCCAUCCGCAAAGCCUGUGCAGUGCGCGAUGUGGAAGCAUUAGCUGUGCACGCAACAUCCGAAGGCGGGCUACUUGAAGAUGAAUUGAGACGAAUAGCUUGGCCUGUUUUGUUACGAUGCGAUGAACAAAGGCAACAAUCUGAUACGGUCCCACACACUGAGCUUUUACGACAUGCCGAUGAGGAACAGGUAGAACUUGACGUCAACCGGUCUUUUGUCUACUACCCAAAAGCUCCCGAGGAGGAAAUGUUGCAAAAGAAAAAACAGCUAUCCAAUUUGAUCACUCAAGUACUAAGAGAAUAUCCCAUGCUUUGCUAUUUCCAAGGAUAUCAUGACAUAGUCCAAGUCCUUCUUUUGGUACUGGGCGAGAAGCAAGCAGUGCCAGCGGUAGCUCACAUAUCUCUUUUCCGCAUACGAGACUACAUGCUUCCAUCGCUAUCUCCAGCCGUGAAACAUCUCCAUCUCAUUCCUGCAAUCAUAGAGACAGCAGACCCUGAGUUAAGACGGCACCUUGGCAACAUUGAACCAUUCUUUGCCCUCGCUGCUACACUGACACUAUACGCCCAUGACAUUCAAGAGUACAGCAACAUAUCACGACUCUUCGACUUUCUAUUGGCUCAUGAACCUGUGGUUGCAAUCUACCUUUUCGCAGCAAUGAUCCUGUCCAGGAAGAAAGAGCUGCUGGAAAUUCCAGCGAACGAGCCUGAGAUGCUUCACUUCACGCUUUCCAAGCUGCCAUGUCCACUUGAUUUGGACGGGCACAUUCUGCAUGCGACACAGCUCUUUGAGGAUCACCCUCCGGAAGCUUUGCCGCUUGGAGCCUGGAAACAUAUUCCCUGGUGCAGCGUGCUCAAGACUUCACGAGACCCACAUGGAAAGUACACCACCAAAGAAGCGAUAUACUUGUUUGGAAAACAAUCUCAACAGAUUCGGAGCGAAGAGCGUAGGAAAAGAGCCCUGGAUUUCCUGUGGAACCACCGUCACUCCAUGGGCUCUGUGGCAUUGGCUAUCUUGGUUGGAGCUGCAUCUUUCUACAUCCGCAAAAAGGGAUUUGAUACCUCGAUUUGGGCCUGUGUUGGUCGAGUUCAAAGAGCAAUCCAACAGUGGAUCUAA